AUGGACAAGCACGAAAGAGCUGUACGAAAAAUGGAUCAGCUCUCGCUGGUGGCAGAACAUUGCGCAGCUUUUGGCCAUGCCUUUGCCUUCCAAGAUGCCGAAGUCUUAGGCCAAGGGAGAGAUCAAACGGUCAGGGAGACGCUCGAAGCAUGGCAUACCACAACCACCUCGAUUAACCGCUGCGUAGAUUUGCCGGCCGUCUACCAAGCCCAAGGGAUGAGGCGUCAGUCCAAGGACGGCAGUAGUCAAAACCAGACCAAACGAGAACACGGACGGGUAUGGACAAGCAUCGGAAAUAGACGAAAACAGGCGGCAACCGGCGGCGAACGCAAACUCAGGAGACCGCCUACUUGGUCUGAACGCGAGCACUCCGCGAGAACGAACGACAAUGACAGAGACCCCCAGUCCGAUGUCAGCCCUGGCGUGACAACCACCGUGCACACGGUUACGGGCAGGUGUGAACGGUGCAGGAAGGCGAUAUACGUGGAGGGCGGACAACGGACAAUGCAGACUAGAGCAAUGGCCGCGGUCACCCCGACACCGCCCCCCUCCCCACACACCACAAUAGAUGAGGAGGGACCGAUGCCACCAUGA